UAACAGCGCCUAUCAAAUGGCUCCAUAGACUCAAAUGAUGAAGCCAGUCAAGUUGUUGAACUUCAGGAACUACUGGAAAAGCAAAACUAUGAAAUGGCACAAAUGAAGGAGCGUUUGGCUGCACUGUCUUCCCGGGUGGGAGAGGUAGAACAGGAAGCAGAGACUGCCAGAAAGGAGCUCAUUAAAACAGAAGAAAUGAACAGUAAAUAUCAGAGGGACAUAAGAGAGGCAAUGGCACAAAAGGAAGAUAUGGAAGAAAGAAUAACUACACUGGAGAAGCGCUACCUCAGUGCACAGAGAGAAUCCACCUCCAUACAUGACAUGAAUGAUAAGCUGGAAAAUGAACUGGCGAACAAGGAAGCCAUCCUACGUCAGUUGGAAGACAAAAACAGACAGCUACAAGAACGUCUAGAGCUGGCUGAGCAGAAACUGCAGCAGACGAUGAGAAAGGCUGAAACCUUACCUGAAGUGGAGGCUGAACUGGCUCAGAGAAUUGCAGCUCUGACUAAGGCAGAAGAAAGACAUGGAAACAUUGAGGAACGUAUGAGACACUUAGAAGCUCAACUUGAAGAGAAGAAUCAGGAACUUCAAAGAGCAAGGCAAAGAGAAAAAAUGAAUGAGGAGCACAACAAAAGAUUAUCGGAUACUGUAGACAGACUUUUGACAGAGUCCAAUGAACGUCUGCAGCUACAUUUAAAAGAGAGAAUGGCAGCACUUGAGGAAAAGAAUGUUUUGAUUCAAGAAUCUGAAAGUUUUAGGAAAAAUCUAGAAGAAUCUUUACAUGACAAGGAAAGACUUGCUGAAGAAAUUGAGAAACUGAGAUCUGAACUGGAUCAAAUGAAAUUGAGGGCUGGUUCUUUAAUUGAACCCACUUUGUCAAGGCCUCACCUUGACACAUCAGCAGAGCUGAGGUACUCUGUGGGCUCACUGGUUGAUAGCCAGUCUGACUAUCGGUCAACUAAAGUGAUAAGGCGACCUAGAAGAGGCCGCAUGGGCGUACGCAGAGAUGAACCGAAGGUAAAAUCACUUGGAGAUCACGAGUGGAAUAGGACCCAGCAGAUUGGCAUUUUGAGCAGCCAUCCUUUUGAAAGUGACACUGAAAUGUCUGACAUUGAUGAUGAUGAUAGAGAAACACUCUUCAGCUCCAUGGACCUCCUGUCACCAAGCGGUCAUUCCGAUGCCCAGACUCUGGCCAUGAUGCUUCAGGAGCAGCUAGAUGCAAUCAAUAAAGAAAUCAGGUUAAUCCAAGAAGAGAAAGAGUCGACAGAACUGCGUGCUGAAGAGAUAGAGAACAGAGUGGCCAGCGUGAGUCUGGAAGGCUUAAAUCUGGCCAGAGUCCACCAAGGUACAUCUAUUACUGGCUCAGUGACGGCAUCAUCACUUGCAAGCUCAUCUCCUCCCAGUGGACACUCAACUCCUAAACUCACCCCUCGAAGUCCAGCCAGGGAGAUGGACAGAAUGGGGGUUAUGACGCUGCCAAGCGACCUAAGGAAACAUCGGAGAAAGAUUGCAGUAGUUGAAGAAGAUGGGCGUGAAGACAAAGCCACGAUCAAAUGUGAAACUUCUCCUCCUCCAACACCAAGAGCUAUCAGAAUGACUCAUACCCUUCCUUCUUCCUACCAUAAUGAUGCUAGAAGUAGCUUGCCUGUUUCAUUGGAGCCAGAAAGCAUUGGUCUUGGCAGUGUCAAUAGCAGCCAGGACUCCCUACACAAAGCUCCCAAGAAGAAAGGAAUCAAGUCUUCAAUAGGACGUUUGUUCGGUAAAAAAGAGAAGGCACGACUUGGACAGCUCAGAGGUUACAUGGAAACAGAGGCAGCUGCUCAGGAGUCUCUUGGAUUAGGCAAACUUGGAACCCAAGCAGAAAAGGACCGAAGACUAAAGAAAAAACAUGAACUUCUGGAAGAAGCUCGGAGAAAGGGUUUGCCUUUUGCACAGUGGGAUGGGCCAACGGUGGUUGCCUGGCUGGAGCUCUGGCUAGGCAUGCCAGCCUGGUAUGUUGCUGCCUGCCGUGCCAACGUGAAGAGCGGAGCUAUUAUGUCUGCUUUGUCCGAUACUGAGAUUCAAAGAGAAAUUGGAAUCAGCAAUCCUCUUCAUCGCUUAAAGCUCCGAUUAGCAAUCCAGGAGAUGGUAUCACUGACAAGUCCAUCUGCACCUCCAACAUCCAGAACACCCUCAGGCAAUGUUUGGGUGACCCAUGAAGAAAUGGAAAAUCUUGCUGCUCCAGCUAAAACGAAAGAGUCUGAAGAAGGAAGCUGGGCACAGACCCUGGCUUAUGGUGAUAUGAACCAUGAAUGGAUAGGUAACGAAUGGCUCCCCAGUCUGGGUUUGCCUCAGUACCGAAGUUAUUUUAUGGAAUGCCUGGUAGAUGCAAGGAUGUUAGAUCACCUGACAAAGAAAGAUCUGCGCGUGCACUUAAAAAUGGUGGAUAGCUUUCAUCGAACAAGCUUGCAAUAUGGAAUCAUGUGUUUAAAGAGGUUGAAUUAUGAUAGAAAAGAACUGGAAAAGCGAAGAGAAAUGAGUCAGCAUGAAAUAAAAGAUGUGCUGGUGUGGAGCAACGAUCGAGUCAUACGCUGGAUACAAGCUAUUGGCCUCCGAGAAUAUGCAAAUAAUAUUCUAGAAAGUGGUGUACAUGGCUCACUUAUAGCACUGGAUGAAAACUUUGAUUACAGCAGUUUAGCUUUAUUAUUACAGAUUCCAACACAAAACACACAGGCACGGCAGAUCCUUGAGAGAGAAUACAACAACCUUUUAGCACUAGGAACUGAAAGACGACUUGAGGAAAAUGAUGACAAGAACUUCAGACGUGGCCCCUCCUGGCGACGACAGUUUCCUCCACGUGAGGUUCACGGGAUCAGCAUGAUGCCAGGCUCCUCGGAAACGCUGCCAGCUGGGUUCAGAUUAACCACAACAUCAGGGCAGUCGCGGAAGAUGGCGACUGAUGUUGCUUCAUCACGACUGCAGAGGUUAGACAGCUCAACAGUUCGCACAUACUCAUGCUGACAAGGCCUAGCAAAGAAGCCAGCACUGAAUUGUUAUGUCAUCUCUUUCUUCUACUUUACCUGAAGUGCACUACCACUACUUAGGAAAACGAGCAUUAAAACUCUCUGCAAGAACAGGGUAAUAGGGAAGAGAACACAUAAAGUUUAUCAGACAAACAGAUAAAAUGUUCCUUUCAUGUAUUGGUUAAUUUAAAAGAAGAAUCAAAAAAUACCUAAAUUACUAAAAAAACCAAACCACCGACAACUUCCCCCUUUGCUCUCAGCAUCUCUGUCAUCAGAAAUUUGGCAGUAAUGCACACCCAAAGCGUUUAUCAGAUGAAGCCACUCAUUUUUACAUUGUUCCAUCUGUUUUAUUGUAAAAUACUAGACAUUUACGUAUUUACUGUGUAUGUAUUUCUUUUAAAAUGUGUAAGUCUUAUGUAAAUGGAUAUAAAUAUGAUUUUUUUUAAAUAAAAUCUAUGGUACAUGGGGUCUCACUACAAACAUUUGAAAAUACAGUGUCAAUAAUACUGUUUGUAUCUUUCCAUUCCACCAUUUUUACAGUUUUUGGAUUGUAACAGUCAAAUGAAUAUGUUUAGCAGAGUUAGAAGCUUCAACAUGUUCCUACUGAGAAAAAUCUGUCAAUAUUUAAAGCUGAACACCUGCCUCUGAUGAUGUAUAAUAGAAUAACAUAACCUGGAACUGGAGCCAAAAUGGACCUCUAAAGACAAAAUGGAAAUGUCAGAUAGCUCCAUGAUGGCUCACCUCUUAAAAACAAAUUUUAAACCCAGAAGAACUGUUUACAAAAAAAAAAAAAAAAAGCUAUUUAAUAAAACAUGAUUUAUACAAAAAACAAAAACUUUCUUCUAUGUUGCCUGCGGAUCCAGAAGAAUCUUGCUUUACCAAGAGCCACCUUUUCGUUCCAGGAUCUUCUGACACCAGCCAGCAUUGGAAAAUUAAAUCUAAUAUUUGCACAGAAUCAGAUUAUCAUUUGCAGAUAUAUUCAACAAAGAAAAUGAAAGAAAAGAGAAGCCACACCCCACCAUUUCUUCAUUAUAACAGGGCAUUAGACAGGCUUCUGUCUAACUUUAUGCUUUCAGCCAAGAUGGCCUUGCUGAGACUUCACAGAAGUCAGUUUUAUCAGAGGAAAUAACUGAAAGACAGAGUGAUUAAUAUAUAGUGUAUAAAAGUUUAGAAGAGCAACUAUUACCUGCUGUGGCUUUAUUUGGUGGUGUUAUUGUUGUUUAUUCUUUGUUUAAAUGGGAAGUUUCAAAGUAAGACCUACUUAAUAGUCAUUUACCUAUUUGCUAUUUUUCUGCUGCUUGAUCUUAGCUCAAGACCUGUCUUUUAGUUAUUUCUUUUAGCAGUUUGAUCUGCAAUGUUUGCACGUACAUAAACAUUUGUUUUGUCUAUUUUCAUUUGGCAAACUUCCGUCAAUCAGAUGGUGAAAGAUUUUUCUCCCCCAAUGUCAAUAAAAAAGAAUUCAGUGCUA